GUACAUUACGGUCUUGGAAAGCCGCAAGAGAUCCUUCAUCCAAAUGAGACAGAAAAACAAUUCUUGUUUUUGUGGUUGAGUAUUCCAUUAUACAACUUGUCAUUGACAUUCACCAAAGCCUCAAUUCUUCUUCUGUACAUUCGGAUCUUUCCGCUGCCUCGAUUUAUUCUUAUGUCGCGUAUCGCGCUAGGCGUCAUAAGCACAUAUGGACUUUGGUGUGUUCUCAGCUCCAUCCUGAACUGUAUCCCGGUAAAUGCAUUCUGGGACACCUCAAUUCAAGGUCGCUGCAUAAAAAGGGAAUUUUUAUGGUUUUUUAAUGCAGGUAUAAAUAUCGUUACCGACCUAGGCAUCCUGGUGAUGCCUAUUCCCGUUUUGUCUCACCUGCAACUUUCUUGGAAACGAAAGUUUGGCCUCAUUUUAAUCUUCGCUGCAGGCGGUUUCGCCUGCAUUACAAGCAUAAUCCGCCUCAAGGCAGUGGCCAUAGCAACCAAUUCCACUGAUUUGACAAGAUCCCUAGCUCCGAUUGCAACUUGGUCUUACGUGGAGAUGAACAUGGGAAUCAUCUGCUCUUGUCUCCCGCCGUUGCAUCCGUUAUUCAGACGUACACUUCCAUGGCUUCUUUUUCCGAGUCGCCUAUGCUGCGGCAGUAACGAUCGAUCCGAUGAAUCCUGAAUGAGCUGCGCUGUAACGGG